AUGGCUACCAUCCUGCGUACUGUGCAGUUGAAACCAGAUUCGGAUUCAGACAAGUAUGACAAGGAUGGGGACGAGCUCAGUCCGACAGAUAGCCUGGAGCGGGUGCCCUCGCUAGGCGCUCCGAUCAACCAGGAGGGUUCACGCUUCUUCUUCAGGCGACCAAAGUUCGAUCUGGAUAGCGUCGCGACGCAGCCAUCCGUGUUUGACGAUCCGGCUACUUUGGAGGUGUACCGCCCACGGCCGACCUAUGAGAAUGUGCACCGGUUCGAUCCUUCCGCACGCUGGACCUGGCGUGAAGAAAUUCGCCUAGUUCGCAAGAUCGACUGGCUAAUCAUGAUUUGGGCUUUCAUAAUGUUCUUCAGCUUGGACCUCGAUCGUUCGAACAUCUCGCAAGCGAACACGGACAACUUCCUUACUGAUCUACAUAUGAACACCGACGAUUUCAAUCUGGGGAAUUCGCUUUUUAAGUUGUGCUUCUUAAUCGCCGAGCUUCCUUCACAGCUCGUGUCGAAAAGAAUCGGACCCGACAUCUGGAUUCCAAGCCAAAUGAUCCUUUGGAGCUUCGUUUCUCUCGGACAAUUUUGGCUCACAAGCCGCGGAUCCUUUCUCGCCACAAGGUGUCUGCUGGGUUUCAUGCAAGGCGGAUUCAUACCCGACGUCAUCCUGUAUUUAUCGUAUUUCUACACAACGACCGAGCUGCCAAUUCGACUUGCAUGGUUCUGGGUAUCGAACUACACCGCAUCUCUCGUCGGAGCCUUUCUUGCAACCGGAAUUCUCCGCCUAGAUGGAGUCAAUGGCAAGGCGGGAUGGAGAUAUCUGUUCCUAAUCGAGGGUGGAUUGACUCUUCUAGUGGGCAUAGCAUCGUACUUCAUGAUGCCGCCUAGCCCCACUCAGACGAAGGCAUGGUACCGACCCAACGGUUGGUUCACGGAACGGGAAGAAAUCAUCAUGGUGAAUCGGGUCCUCCGGGAUGAUCCUGCGAAGUCGGACAUGCACAACCGCGAAGGCCUGACGCCCAUGAAAAUAUUCCAAAUCCUGAAGGAUUGGAGAAUGUGGCCGAUCUACAUUCUGGGUUUGACGCAUUUGAUUCCUGUGACUCCCCCACAAACGUACCUCACGUUGUCGCUGCGGGAGCUCGGCUUCGACACGACGCAGUCGAAUCUGCUCAGUAUUCCAUCGAUCGUCCUCGGCAUCAUUACUCUUCUCAUCUCAUGCUAUCUGAGUGAGAUCAUUGAUAGUCGAGUUGGCGCAUGUGUCAUCCUGCAAUUUUGGGCACUCCCUCUUCUCAUUGCUCUGCACACGUUCACUGAUGCAACCUCGCCCUGGGUGUACUUCGCCGUUGUAACCCUCAUUACUGGCUUCCCCUAUGUACACCCGGUCCAAGUUGCAUGGGCGUCGACAAACUCAUACGGUGUCGGGACAAGAACAGUGUCGGCGUCGGUAUAUAACAUGUUCGUCCAAGCUGGCGGUAUUGUGGCCGCUAAUAUCUAUCGGUCAAACGACGCGGUACACAAGCGCGGGAACACUGACCUGAUCGCCAUCUGUGUCAUGAACGUUUUCUUAUACAUCCUUACUUAUAUCUUCUACCGUUCAUUGAACAACUGGCGUGACAAGAAAUGGAAGGCGAUGACCCCAGAUGAGCAACAGCAAUACCUAGAUACCACCACGGAUAAGGGCAACGCGAAACUCAACUUCCGUUUCUUGUACUAA